AUGUUUGAAGCUCAGCUGGAGAAUCUCCAAGGCAAGCUCCGGCACCACGUGAUCAGUUCCGAGGCCGGACAGACCGUGGGGUGGCGUUUACCUCUUAAGCUCGACUACUGUGGUCUCGCCACUCGUCGUCUCAGGAUUAACCCUCCUGGCCGUGGCCCUGGGGCACCACAUGCUGGUCGGAACUAUCCAACCACUUCGAUAUUCAUGGCCAGGGGCACCAUAUUUACCCCAUAUGAAGUCUUGAAUUUGGAUCAUGCCGCUCCGUAUUCAAAGAACCUUUACUACGACCUCGUGAAGAUCUACCAUCCAGCUCGACCCUGCAUUGAGCAUCGUCUUUGUCGAGGCCUAUCACCUGAAGUUCGCCUUAAGCGGUACCACAUUGUCGUAGCAGCUCAUGAACUUCUUUCCGAUCCCAAUAAGCGAGCUGCAUAUGACCAGUUCGGGGCUGGAUGGAAAUACGGGCCGAAACAGUAUAACACCACAGCUGAAGCAUCUGCAGAAUGGGAUUUUUAUUUCAAUCCUCGCAACGUAUAG